CUCAGUCAGCGACGGGUUUCCGUUGUGAGUUUAAGCGGUUUAUUGUUGUGAGGGGCGGCGUUGACGGGCCGCGCCGGGCAGGGCAGGUGGGCCGGAGCCGAGCCGAGCCGAGGCGGACAGCGGGCCUCCCCAUCCCAAGAUGAGCAUGCACGGCAAGAGGAAGGAGAUCUACAAGUACGAGGCGCCAUGGACGGUGUACGCCAUGAACUGGAGCGUGCGGCCCGACAAGCGCUUCCGCCUGGCGCUCGGCUCCUUCGUGGAGGAGUACAACAACAAGGUGCAGAUCGUGGGGCUGGACGAGGAGAGCUCCGAGUUCAUCUCCCGCAACACCUUCGACCACCCCUACCCCACCACCAAGAUCAUGUGGAUCCCCGACACCAAGGGCGUCUACCCCGACCUGCUCGCCACCUCCGGCGACUACCUGCGCAUCUGGAGGGUGAGCGAUACUGAAACCCGGCUGGAAUGCUUACUAAACAAUAACAAGAACUCUGACUUCUGUGCUCCUCUGACUUCAUUUGACUGGAACGAAGUGGAUCCAAAUCUCUUGGGUACUUCCAGCAUUGACACCACUUGUACAAUCUGGGGUCUGGAGACUGGUCAGGUGCUUGGCCGAGUUAAUCUAGUCUCUGGUCAUGUGAAAACGCAGCUCAUUGCUCAUGAUAAGGAGGUAUACGAUAUUGCAUUCAGCAGAGCAGGAGGUGGCAGGGACAUGUUUGCCUCUGUGGGUGCAGAUGGUUCAGUGCGUAUGUUUGACCUUAGACACCUGGAACACAGCACCAUCAUCUAUGAAGAUCCGCAGCACCAUCCAUUGCUUCGACUGUGUUGGAACAAGCAAGAUCCCAAUUAUUUGGCCACAAUGGCAAUGGACGGCAUGGAGGUGGUGAUUCUUGAUGUCCGUGUGCCCUGCACUCCUGUGGCCCGGCUAAACAAUCACCGGGCAUGUGUGAAUGGCAUUGCCUGGGCUCCACAUUCAUCCUGUCACAUCUGCACUGCAGCUGAUGACCACCAGGCACUUAUUUGGGACAUCCAGCAAAUGCCACGUGCCAUUGAAGACCCCAUCUUGGCAUACACAGCGGAAGGAGAAAUCAACAAUGUCCAGUGGGCAUCUACCCAGCCUGACUGGAUAGCCAUUUGCUACAAUAACUGUCUUGAGAUCUUGCGGGUUUAGUUCUGAUGACUGACACAAGCCGGGAGAGGAGGGGGGGGGGGGGGAGGGUGGGGGGCUGUUGGUGUGUGAAUGGUAUGAAUGAGUUAAAGUUGAGAAUGAUUGUGCAGAUUCUCAGUGUUGUUAUUAUUAUAUUCUGAGUGCAAUUUGGCCUUUCUAGGUCAAAAUUAGCCAUUUGGAUCCCUGAUCUUUCUCCACCUUUAAAGCAAAUGCCAAACCUGUUGGGAAAGGGACACUUUUGUUUAAUCAGCUAACCUUCUGGUAAUGUACAUGUACCAUGUUAAAAAACUUUUUUAAACUGUCACUGUAAAUAACACAACCAUAUUUUUAUGAUUGGAAUAGCUCAAUAUGGGAUAACUAGUUUCAGAAUAAAUCCUGGUUCCUAAUCCACUACAUCAGGUUGUGUGCCGGCAGGGCAUUGCAUUCCUAUAUUUCAUGCCUGGUUUAUGACGAUGGUUCUAUUUUGAUAAGGAAGAUCAGGAUCUAUCGUUCAGAAAUUAUUACAUUUGUUUAUAACUAUAAUAUUGGGACAUGGUGAAGUUUACAGAUUGGAGUGAAUUUCCACUGGAGUAUCUGGAUGAAGAUUUUGCUGAAUGGGGCAGUAAACAAUCAUCUGGUUUUGAGAACAUGCUUUGUUUGGUCCUGCCUUGGACACAGCCCGCAGGACACCAUUCUUCUUUCAGUAGGUUUGCCUUUCUCCAAGUUGGGGCCUCAAUGGCUUUUGGAAUGCAAACAAGGUAUUGUCCUGUUCUUUGAAGUGGGCGACACUACAUUUUGAAAGUGUGGUUCAGCAAAGUUGCCGCAUUGCAAUGACUGACACUCGCACCACUUGUCAUUGGGAUUAUCACUUUAACUCAGUUGCAGACAAACAACCCAUUCAUUUAAUCAAAUAUGGAAUUAGUUUUCCUAUUCAGUGGCUCAUUCAGCAAGCUUCCCACCAAUUCUCCAGCAACGAAUUUUAAACCAUGAAUGGACUUUAAGAGACAUCCUGUGUUUGCAUUUUUGGAAUCUGUUAUGAAUGUUGACUUUGCCUUCUAAUCUAAACGGGCUGAGUUUAGAGUAGGCGAUUUCAGUCUAGGUAUAACUGAUAGUUAAGUGAAAUUUAAUACAGUUAGUGCUGUGCAAUUGAGCCUUGCUGAAAUGGGGUCUUUGAAUGCAAGGACUUUGCAUUGCCUUUCCCUUCUGCUUGCUCACCUUCAAGACGGCAGUGAUUUUACUCAACCGGCUGUGUAUUUUGGGGGUGGGAGGGAUCCGGUUUGUUUUGAAACAAACAAGAGUGUUUUGAAAAUCCCUGUUCCUCUUGAUGGUGUGCCUUCAAUGAGAGGCGAUUAAUUUAACAUAAGUAGAUGCCGGAACCUCAACAACCACCCCCUGAGCUUGCACUACUGCUCAGUAAAUCCAUGCAGUCUGUCACCACUUCUGGAAGUGGUUUAUCAUGAGGCAGAUUGACUCCCUAUGCAACCCUUUCAUGGUCUGUUUCCCCCUCACCCUGUGAAGCAAUGUUUGAUAGACAGAAUAAUAUUGAUUAAAAAAAGAUGCACUGCGAUAAAGUACAAUUGAACAGCAAUAAGAAGUCUUUAUGGCUACAAGACUUGUGGCUGUGUUGGGGCUAUGAUUGUACAUUUUAGUUCCUGUUUCUGCAAUCCAGGCAAGCCAUUUUCCUUUGUCGAAGCUGGUACAUAUAGGCCUGAUUAGUCAUUUAGAAUGUGACGUAUUUGUGAGUUUGAUGGAUCUUUCAGCAGUAGUGAAUUGUGGAUUUUUGUUAUAUAGUUUACUAUAUGCAGUGUCCUGGCCCGUUCUGGGGAUGGAACUGCACAAGUGAGAGGAUGUAGAAGUGUGUAUGUGGGUUGGCUUUUACUCAAGUGCCAGAGUUAACCAGCUUUAGUUGUUAACUAAGUUGAGACUGAAAGGUACCCUACAUUCACAGACGUGCAGGCAGUGAGGCGUAACAAGUAAUAGAUCAUUCUUGAGCAUUCUUUAUUUGGUGGAUACCCAAGACCAGUUCAUUUUCUGCUAGUGUAUUCGGUUAAAUAAUGAAUUGGUGAAUGUGAGGUUUUCUAAGCAGGAAAAGGCAUGAUGUGUUCUGUUUGUACUGUAUUGGACUGGGUACAAUGCACUGUGCACGGCAUACUUGGGAAAUGAAGUUACUUGUUACUGAUUUGGGGCAUCCUCUAUCUAGACCUGAAGCUGGAUGUGUUCAAUUGGUGCUUUUUGGUCUUGCUCUAGGAAGUAGUGGAACAGAUUUAUUUCACCAGAACAGGAGAUGGAGCAAUGGAGUUCAUUACAUUCAGAGCAUUAGUACACUGAUACCGUGUUUAGCACGAGGGUUGUGUUCCCAGGAACAAGAAUGCUAACCGAAUCAGCACUAACAGGGGUCAAUAUAGCAUUGUAUUUAGAAAUGCUUUACUGACACUGGUGCAGUGCUGAGAGCCUAGUGCUCUUCCUGUGACAUUGGGGAUAUAGUAAAUGUUGAAGUUCUGACACUCCAAAGUUUAGUGGUUAUAGAUAAAUUACUUUUUCACUAGUGGAAUAAAUUAAAUUGAAAGGCUCUAAGGUAUUUUGCUGUUUACUGAUGUUUGUUUAAUAUUUUUCUGUUAUGCGUUGGCACCAUGGAUUCCUGUGACCGAUUAUUUUUGAAGUUCUUCCAUCAUCUGGUUGUUUUCUCAAUGCUAUUGGGGUUCUUUUCCAGAGCCUCGAUAUUAAUUACUGACAUUAGUAUAUUGUUGGCAUGAAUAUUGAAAGAUUAAACUCAGGGAAGGGUUAGGUGCUAGUUUAGCAGCUAAUAUUUUCUAGUUUGUAUGUUUAGUUGUGGGGCUAAAAUCUAAGCUAAUCUUCAAACACUUAACCUUCCCUGGAUUCUAUUGUAUUUUAUUAACAACCUGUGCACUGCACCUUGCAUGAGCUGAGUAAAGCCAAUGAUUUGUGCUCUUUGUCAAUCCAGGCCUUGUUCAAUUUUCAGUUUUUAUACUCUUGACCACAGAAAAAUUGCGCCCAUAUACUGUGGCAGAUUUUUCUUAAAAGUCUGCAGGAAGCCAGCUGGAUCCUGCUUGGACACAGUCAGGCUUCCAGUUCCGUAGGUGGGAUGGAUUUGUUGCCAUCUAGCGGUGAAAGUGCUAAAGUGCAAAUUCACUCUCGUCCAUAGUACUUGAAACUACCGGCACAAAAUCUGAAAUAAAAGCAACAAAUACUGGAAACACUCUGUAUACCCAAGUAGACCUGAAACAUUAACUCUGUUCCCGUACCACAGAUGCUGCUUGACAUUGAAUGUUUCCAGCAUUUUCUGUAUCAAUUUGUGUCAAUAAUAUACCAGUUAGAGUGUAUAAACGCAUGCUUUGGUAGUGAAAUAUCCAGUUUCUGUGGUGAAGUUGAACUAACUAAAGCCUUGAAACUUCAGCAUGUUCAGCCAUCUCCCUUCAAACUUUGGUUAACUAUUUAUUGAAGAUAUUUGCUCCCAUUUCUUUGACUUUUAGCAGGUCCUUCACUCUCACUUCUGUCUUUAGCAGGGCAUAUUUUGUAACUCUUGAGUCAGCCAAAAGUAAGGGAAAUAAUAACGGGUGGCUUCUCUGCCUUUUUCUUGGCCUUUAAUUUCCCAUUAUGGGCAAAAGAUGGCCUUCCAGCCAGGUGUCUCCUUGAAUUUAACAUUUUUGUUAAGGCACAGGUAGCUACUUCAGCCAAUCAAGGCUGUGUCGGCUCACAACCAAUCUCAUUGCUCCACUGAUUUUUCUCUAACCUAUUCGUCUCACUCCCCUUCAAGUCUUCAGCCCACUUCUACCUGCAUUACAUUCUACCACUUACCUACACAACAUAGGCAAUUAAAAGUGACCAGUUAGCCAACCAACCUACAUGUUUAUGAGAUAUGGGAAGAAACCAGAGCAUUUAUGGGGAUGGAUGCUAUCUCCACUUAGAUAGCACUAGAGGGAAAGUAUUUGACUCUAGUCGCUAGUGUUAUAAGGCAGAAUUGGACUAACUGCGUCAUCCCUUUGCAGGCUCUUUUACUUUCAGAUCAUUUUUCACCUGUUGCAAAAGUUCAAAUUACCAUCUCCCAACUGAUAAAAAUUCAAAAA